AUGGAUGUUUCUCUGAGCAUCCCUGCUGCCCGCGGCGUCGGCAACGACACUGACAUGAUGGUGAUGCCUCGAAACUCGCCUUCCUUUAAGAUCGUGCCGCUGCACGACGAGAUGGCCAAACCAUCGUCCGGCGGUGGCGGCAACUCAAUCCUCUGCGCCGAGAGGGCGGCGGUGCUCCUCGUGAAGAAGGUGCUGGCCGAGCUGCUGGGGACGUUCCUGCUCCUCUUCAUCCUGCUGUCGGCGCUGAUCAUGAACUCGACCCACGAUGGCGCCCUGGGCCUGCUGGGUGUGGCGGCGACGGCGGGGCUGGCCGUGACGGUGCUCAUGGCGUCGCUGGUCCACGUGUCCGGGGCACACCUGAACCCUGCGGUAAGCGUCUCCAUGGCCGUGUAUGGCUACCUCCCGCGCGCCCACCUCGCGCCCUACAUGGCCGCGCAGUUCCUGGGCGCCAUCUCCGCGUCCUUUGUCGCCAAGGAGGUCUACCACCCGGCGAACCCGGGCACCAUUAUGGCCACCGUGCCCACCCUCGGCACCGCGGGGACCUUCUUGGUCGAGUUCCUCACCACCUUUGUCCUCCUCUUCGUAAUCGUCGCCCACGCCACUGAUCCCAAGGCGGUGAAGCAGCUGAUAGCAGUGGCAGCCGGGGCAGCAAUCAUGAUGAACGCCCUUAUCUCUGCGGAGUCAACGGGAGCAUCCAUGAAUCCGGCGAGGACGCUGGGGACGGCCAUCGCCACCGAGACGUACACCAAGAUCUGGGUCUACAUGGUGGCGCCCCCGCUUGGAGCCAUCGCCGGGACCGGUGCUUACAUUGCGCUCAAGCACUGA